AUGGAUGCAAAUACUCUUAACCUCGAGUCGCCAUUUCCAUUCAUCUCCCUCUUCGACGACGACGAAUCUCGCUGGCAAGCCGUCGUCUCCCGCAACGCCAACGCCGACGGCCUCUUUGUGUACGGUGUCAGAACGACCAAGAUCUUCUGCCGGCCCAUCUGCAAAGCGCGCCUCGCCCGCCGUGCCAAUGUCUCCUUUUACCUGUCCGGUCGCGACGCGCAGCAAUCCGGCUUUCGCGCGUGUAAGCGCUGCAAGCCCGAGCUCGCGGGCUUCAUGCCUGAGGAGAUGGCCGUGCAAAAGAUCCGUGGCUUUGUGGGCCAGAGGAUCUCGAACGGUGGGGAUGAUGGGGAAGCGAUGUUGAGCUUGAGUCAGAUGGCUAAGCAAACGGGCUUGUCGAAGUGGCAUUUCCACCGCGUGUUUAAAAAGUGCGUUGGUAUGACGCCGACAGAGUACAUCCGAGACGAGCGCCUGAGGCAUAGCACCGCCGAGGGUCAGCUGUCAGACAACCAAGCGAGCUGGCUGGAGAGCCUCGAUAUCGAGAACUUUAAUGCUGGACUCGACUUCUCCUGUUGGGACGACGUCAUAGGCUCGGCACAAUCUAGCACGGAAGCGUCCUCGGCUGCGGCCAGUGAAUACAGCCCUUGGAAUUUGGACGACCUCGUGAUAUGGCCUGAAGAGAGGAACCAAGGGUCUGCUUGA